CGCCAUUUAGCUGGAAUAUUGUUGAGUGCGGCUUUAAACAAUAACCAACCAAAUGUAAUACCCUCUAUAGUAUUCAGCAUAUCCGGACACCUUGAGUACUAAACAUCAUCUGGACAGAGGAGCUUGGUGUAACUCGGACACGGUAUCUUUGCUUUAUCGGGUCUUUAUUCUUUAACUUCCUUGAGUGACAUCUAAAAGUUGGUGUGAUGAACGAACUCGAUAGUUCGUAUAGCACUGUUAAAGGAGGCAUAUUGUUUGAAGCACUUGUCAGAUAUUAUACUACACUUGACCCAACGACAAACGGCCGUUACUGUCAACCCAGUAGGAGUCAUAACUCUAAAUAUGGACUCCCUGGUUCCAUUUACAAUAUUCUGAUCACAUAAUUCACACAGAAGGUUAACUUCAGCAGUCAGUAAGAUAACUUGUAGCACAUGCAAGCUGACUGACCGGGACAUAUAAUAUAUUUCAGAAAGAGAGAAACAAAAUACUCCACCUCCUCCUUUGAGAGAAAAAUACUUAUGGUUUAAAGAACAGUUAAAACUUUUGACUUUUAAAUGCCCAUUAGAGAACUUAACAGUAAUGUCCGAAAAAACCUCAGAGAUCACUUUCUUGACAUAUCAACAGAGGUUUUAUUUUACUUAUUAUCGAUAUAAACUGCAGAGAGGAAUGUAGUAUCUCUUUUCAAGGGAGAUAAUAUAUUUUCAAAAUGGCGACUGUUGAUAUUCGACUGGCAAGUGCACGUGUUCGACAGAAGACGGGUGACGUCGAGGAGAUCAACAAUCUUGUCACGCCUGGGGAUGUCAUCACAACCGAUACCGGAUUCAUGCGUGGUCAUGGGACUUAUAUGGAGGAUGAGAAGCUGCAUUCCUCAGUGGCAGGAGUUGUGGAGCGUGUCAACAAACUCAUCUGUGUGAAGCCUCUCAAGACACGGUAUAACGGUGAAGUAGGGGAUGUGGUGAUUGGUCGGAUCCUAGAAGUGUGUCAGCGACGCUGGAAGGUGGAAACUCACUCCAAGCUGGACUCUGUCCUAAUGCUGUCUUCGGUCAACCUCCCGGGGGGAGAACUGCGAAGAAGGUCGGAGGAGGACGAGAAGUUGAUGAGACAUUACCUAAAGGAAGGGGACCUCAUCAGUGCAGAGGUGCAGAACGUCAUGGGGGAUGGAUGCUUGUCUCUACACACCAGAAGUCUCAAGUACGGGAAGUUAGGUCAGGGUACGCUGCUUCAAAUCUCCCCCUCACUCGUAAAGAGGAGGAAAACCCAUUUUCACAACCUUCCGUGUGGAGCGUCCAUCAUCCUUGGCAACAACGGUUUCAUAUGGAUCUCCCCAACCGCCAACGAGGACAGCGACGACACCGGCGGAUAUGAACAAAACCUAGAGCCAGUCCCAAGAGCAGAUCGUGAGGUGAUAGCGCGACUCCGAAACUGUGUUCUGGCGUUGGCCGACCACCAGGUGAUGAUGUACGACACCACUAUUCUGUAUGUGUACGAGGCCUCUGAGAACUAUGCAGUUAGUGAAAUGUUGAAGCCAGAAGUAUCGGCAGAGUUAAUUGACCUUGUUCGUCAGAGGCUGGAAAUGGAAGGCACCUAAAUGUGUCUUCUCAGUAUUUCAUUGGUGUUGCAUUGAUUCAAAUAGUUACAGACAUGGCAAAACUGAAGCUGCUGCAAGACAUAGUAGUGCUUUGGAGAAAGAUUGUGGUUCAUGGACCUUUUUCUUUCAUGCAGCGGUUUGAAAUAUUCCAGUUAUAUUACCGCAACCUGUAAAUAAUUAAGUUUUGAUGAACAAGGUUGACUUGUUUAGCAAGGAUACUUACAUUUGUCAGGGGAAGACAAGUGGAUAACGCCUCAGCUCAUCACGCCGAAGACACGGGUUCGAUUCCCCACAUGGGUACAUUGUGUGAACCCCAUUUCUGGUGUCCCCCGCCGUGAUGUUGCUGGAAUAUUGCUGAAAGUGGCAUAAAACUAAUCUCACUCAGCAUCUGUUAGGGCUCAGGAAGAUCCAGGAGCGAUAAACAGGAUUGGAUUCCAAGACGGUGAAAGAGGUUUUAGAAGGAUGCAAAAUGCCACAUCAGACAUACGACAGGCUUGCUGACUUGGUUGACACAUCAAAUCUGAGUUGUAUCGAUCGAUGCUCAUGAUGUCAAUCACUGAUUUGUCUGGUCCAGACGUGAUUAUAUACAGACCUGCCAUAGCUGCAAAUUGCAAUGUGUGGCACAGAGCUACAGAUAACUUUUUGGGUCAUUGAGUUAUGUACUCACUUGUGUUGAUUUCAAUUGGGUAUCCUAAUUUUUUAUGAGAUAACAAGGGAAACCAGUAGUUAAUUGGUUGAUGGACAAGUGGAAGCCGGGGAUCGCUAAUCCAGGCAUGAUUAGGGUAACAAAGGUGGCACUUUAACAUGGGAUACGAAAAACAAAUGGAAGCCAGGGGGAUAUAAUUAGCACUAUCUUGGUGGAUGGACAAUUUGAAGCCAGGGAUUGUUAAUCCAGGAAUAGUUGAUGAGGUAACAAUAGUGGAAUAUAACCAGGGGGUAAGAAAA